UGUGCUGUGAAUGGCUUUUGCUGCGUAACUCCACAGUAUCAGCCAUUCACGUAUUAUCACCAUGUAGCAGUAUGCGUGCUCUGUACAUGAGCAUGGGAUGAGAUAAAGCCUCAAUGACCGCUGUGAGGAUAUGACGUUUCUGUAGUUAAAAGAAUUUGGGGUUUCCUUGGAGAAAGUACAAGCAAACAAUGUAAAAUAGACAUAGUAGAUGUAGAAUAGGUUUUAAAAAUGUAAACAUUUAUGUAAAUGCAUACUGCCAGUUUUGCAGCAAGUAGUAUCAUACACUAGUAACUUUCUUAAAGGGACACUCCACAGAUUUAACAUUGCACUUCCAUUAAGAUUGUGAAACAGAUUUUAAAAACAAAAAGUAAAGGAGGCUGAGAUAUCCAGACUUUUAGUCCCUAGUAUGAGUAACUACAAAAACACUGGGUCUUACAUUUCCCAUGGUGCCACUCGCUGGGAUCUUUAUUAGAUUUUCUUGCCUAAUAAACAAGCACCUCUUUCAAACUCCAGUCCACUAGUUUGUAACAGGCUUUGUGGUGAAAUGUUGGGUUAUUUUCUCAAACGUUUGAAAGCUUCCUUCAGAGCCACAGUUUAAUACCUUAAACCACAGUAUAUACAGGUGGACUUCUGGCAAGUUAAAUAAACUUCAGGUGUUUAAAAAAAAAAAAAGUGCCCCUUCCAUCAGGUUGCAUGUGUGAGCAAUACAGUAUGAGAAAUAAUGUGUAGAUUUUGGUUACGGCUGUCACCUACAUCUCACAUGUUCUUCAUCUGUCCACAGGUUAUAAUGCGGUGCUAAUGGGCUUCUGGUUGUUCAGCAGAUAAUUAUAUGCUUGCAUCAAAGUGAGAAAAGAUCAGUGAGUCCUAUUUUCAGUGUGAAAAUAGGGAGUUGUCGAACCCAAGUUUAAUAAGGCCAUAAAACAAAUAAAAGACUGCAUUCUUUGAGACUAAACAAUUUAGUUUGCAUUUAGCCUAUUGUGCUUUAUGUUAAAAUUACACAACUACAAAAUGAUCCUUAAAAGGUGGAAAAAAUGAAGACGGAAAACGGUGAUUAAGACUGAAGUGGAUCAAGUGCAGUCUGGACACCCCUGCUAUUAUAACCAUUGCAGGUCACAUGUGGCCCAGAUGACUGCGGCUCCAAGACUGAGUCAAGUGUGUGAGCAAUGAUCAUUCACCCGAGGCUGGUCCUGCUGAUAUAAGGCAGGCAGAAGGAACGCUGAGAGGACAGAGAGUGUCCCGUCAGGUCCUCCUAAGCACACCACCAGUUAUCAGCCAUGGCACUUGCACUAGCAUGCAUCUUAAUUGCUGCCAUUCCUAUCGCCUACUGCUACCCUGCUGCCUUCGAGGACCUGAAGCAAAGUAGGACAAACCGAACCUCCAUUAGGUUCCUGGCUGUAGGGGACUGGGGCGGAGUGCCUUAUCCCCCCUACAUCACCGCUGUGCAGAAGGCUACUGCUCGAGAAAUGAGCACAGUAGCAGAGCAGAUGGGAGCUGACUUUGUUCUGUCCCUUGGCGAUAACUUCUACUACAGAGGCGUGGACAGUGUGGAUUCUCCUCGGUUUCAGGACACUUUUGAGUCUGUGUACACUGCAAAGUCUCUCAAAGUUCCCUGGUACGUGAUUGCUGGCAAUCAUGACCAUGCUGGGAACGUCAAAGCCCAGAUCGAAUACAGCACAAAAUCUGACAGAUGGAAAUUCCCCUCUUACUACUACGAGCUGAACUUCCACAUCCCCAACACCGGGAAAACCUUGACCAUUAUCAUGCUCGACACCGUAAUGCUGUGUGGCAACUCUGACGACUUCUCGGAUGAGAAGCCGAGGGGCCCCCUGCGUGCGAUCGAUGCCAACCGUCAGCUGACGUGGCUGCAGGAGAGGCUGUCCCUGUCCAAGGCAGACUUCCUGUUGUUGGCCGGACACUACCCUGUGUGGUCCGUGUCCGAACACGGGCCCACAGAGUGUCUCCUGCAGAAGCUUCAUCCUCUGCUCCUCAAAUACAAAGCCACAGCUUACAUCUGCGGCCAUGACCAUAAUCUGCAGUAUAUCGAAGAGUCUGGUGUGGGCUACGUGGUGAGCGGUGCUGGAAACUUCCUGGAUCCUGAUAUCACUCACUGGAACCACGUACCCAAAGGUUCUGUGAAGUUCUUCACUGGCCAAGCUUCAACACUGGGAGGCUUCGUCCAUGCUGAGGUCACAAAGGACAAGAUGAUCUUGACCUUUUUCCAGGCUAGAGGAACUUCUCUCUAUCGCACUGUGCUCUCCCAAAGGAGCUUUGAGUAGCUCGUCACACGAUUUUUUUUUUUUUAAAUCGCAGACUGCACUGUCUGCAGAGAUCAAUGUAACUGCUGUUACUGUUUUUAAAAAAUGUCAAAGUAAUCAUAAUACACAUUUUAAGAAGAAUCAACUAGUUUUACUUGUACAUUUAUUAUGAUAAAGAAUAAAUGUGGUUUCUAAC